AUGGCCAGCAGCUCGAAUCCCCAUCCUACACCCCGCGGCGGGUUCAUCGUCCUCGAGGGACUCGACCGCACGGGCAAGUCGACCCUCGCGCGCGAGCUCGUCAAGCUGGCCGAGGCGAGCGGCCGCAAGGCGAGGCUGCAGGUGUUCCCUGACCGUACCCUGCCAUCCGGCAAGACAAUUGACGCGUACCUCCGCAAAGAGCUCGAGCUGGACGACGAGCACGUCCACCAGCUGUUCAGCGAGAACCGAUGGGAAUGCGCCGAGGGCAUCAAGCGUGAUCUCGCAGACGGCACGUGGAUCAUCACGGACCGAUACGCGUUCUCCGGCGCGGCAUACACCAUGGCCAAGGGCCUCUCGCUCGAGUUCUGCACCAAGCCCGAUAUCGGCCUGCCGCGUCCCGACGCAGUGUUCUACCUCACUGCGUCGCCCACCGCGCUGGCCCAGCGAGGGGGGUACGGCGAAGAGCGGUACGAGCGCGUCGAGUUCCAGACGCGCGUCAAGGCGCAGUUUGAGGCCGUCGCCGCGCAAUUCAAGCGAGACCACGGAGAAGCAAGGUGGAAGACAUACGAGACGGAGGGGACCGUGCCGGCUCAGCUCGCUACGGAACUGUACGCUGAGGCUGAGCGCCUCGUCGCGGCUUCGGGACCGGACGUGCCCCAGCUGUGGGUCGCGGAAGCUGGCGCUGCAUAG